AUGGCUUUGACCUGCGCCAAGUCUCCGCGGCAGGUGAUCAAUAUCCUCAACUACGAGGGCGGCGAGAUCGACAUCAUCCUGGCUGAGGUCGAUCUGUCGGUCUCCAAGUGCUUCAAGAUGCUCAAGUACAUUGCCCGGAACCAGGACCUGCGUCACAUCCCCAUCAUAAUGAUGUCCAACAGAGACGAGGUGUCUGUUGUUGUCAAGUGCUUGCGGCUUGGCGCCGCCGAGUACCUGGUGAAGCCGCUGCGCACGAAUGAGCUGCUGAACCUUUGGACCCAUGUGUGGCGGCGGAGACGGAUGCUUGGUUUGCCCGAGAAAAACUUCUUCAAUGACAACUUCGAGUUGGUGCUCUCAGAACCUAGCGAUGCCAAUACCAAUAGCACCACCCUCCUCUCAGACGAGACCGACGAUAGGCCUAAAGGAAACACGAAUCAAGAAACAGGCACCUCAAAGCAACUUGAAUACGAGUCUAAUCCUUCGGUUGCUGAGCCCGACCAGAGAGAAAAGAUGGAGGGUGUUCCAGGCUCUGCCCUAGAUGCCAGUCAAAAAUCCUCUCCGAGAAGAGCGUUUUCACGCCCUAUAAAAACUAACCUGAGGGUUGCCGAGUCGUCUGCAUUUCUAGCAUAUGUCAAGUCAAGCACCCCAGCCACCAGCUCAUUUGACAGCGAAUUACAAAGGGGUGGCAGCCGAUUAGAUUCCUUGGAUAACCAGGGUAAUUGCUCUAGCGCAACCGAUAGAAGUGACACCGGUACUGAUGUAAAUAUUCGGAACAAAGAAGCUUUUGAGAUGCCUGCGCAGUACCCUAUGGUAUGGUUUUCUUCCUCUAACAUGCAUAUGGAGCGAAGCAGCGAAGGACAUAAUGAUACUUUAGGAACUCCACCUGCAUACCAUUUCCCAUUUUAUUAUCCAGGGAUGGUAGAGCACAACAUGGCACUUUCAUCGGCGCAAGAUUUUCAAGCAAACAUAAACAAUGCUCAAGCACAUACACCGCAAGAAGGCACAUUUAAGAUUUGCCAUUAUGCAGGGGAGGUGACAUAUGAUACAGCUGGGUUCCUGGAGAAGAACAGAGAUCCACUACACUCUGAAUCGAUCCAACUACUAUCAUCAUGUAAAUGUGAACUUCCAAAACAUUUUGCCUCUGUCAUGGUUGCUGAUUCUCAGAAUAAAUCAAGUCUGUCAUGGCAUUCAGUAAUGGAUACACAGAAACAAAGUGUUGUCACGAAAUUUAAGGCUCAACUGUUCAAGCUGAUGCAGCAGUUGGAGAGUACAACCCCACAUUUUAUUCGAUGCAUUCAACCAAAUAGCAAACAACUUCCCAGGUUAUUCGAGCAUGAUCUUAUCUUGCACCAGCUUAAAUGCUGUGGGGUGCUUGAAGUUGUCCGGAUAUCAAGAACAUGCUAUCCAACUAGGAUCACUCACCAACAGUUUGCUGAAAGAUAUGGGUUUCUUCUCUUGCGUUCGAUUGCAUCUCAAGACCCACUUAGUGUUUCAAUUGUUGUUUUGCAACAGUUGAACAUCCCCCCUGAAAUGUAUCAAGUUGGCUACACAAAAUUGUUUUUCCGUACAGGACAGGUUGCUGCACUGGAAAAUGCUAAAAUACAGAUGCUUCAUGGAACCCUCCGUAUUCAGAAACACUUCCGGGGUAUGCAUUCUCGUCAGGGAUAUCAACGACUCAAGAAAGCGACAAUGAAUUUGCAAUCAUUUAUACGUGGUGAAAGAGCAAGAAUACACUUUGAUAAUCUUGUCAAGAGAUGGAGGGCAGCUGUUCUAAUACAGAAGUACACUAGGCGUCGACUUGCAGCUAACAUGUUUAAUGAUCAACUGAAUCAUAUCAUUAUUCUUCAGUCUGGUAAUUAAUAUGAUAAAAAUGGGCAUAUUAACAUUACCCUAGAGUACUGGAUCUAUCUAAUCAUGUGUUGUCAUAUGUUGCUGCAGUGAUGCGUGGGUGCCUGACUAGA